AAGGCAAAUGCAAGCUCGGAGAGGAGAAAGUGAGCAGCUAGGAGCUACUUGACGGCUCUAGCAGCAGGAUGAAGACUCUUCGGUUCCUCCUGCUUCUUGGGUCGCUCCCGCUCUCUUGUCCUCUCCUGUACAAGACCAACUACUGCUCCUCCGACCAGCAGCCCACUAGCUCGCUCCUUGCUGCCGGCUACUUCCACACCUGCGCCACCUCCUCCAACUCCACUGCUCCUACUUCAGGGCAGCGACCCAUCGCGUGCUGGGGUUGGCAGGAGUUCGGGCAGUGCCUGACCCCUGCGGGCUUGAGCGACGUGGUGCUGGUGGCAGCAGGGGCCCGUCACUCUUGCGCCGCCAACAAGGAGGAGACGGCCAAGUGCUGGGGGUCGAACGUAUACGGGCAGCUGGACCUGCCCAAGCCGGUGAAAAGCAAGGCAUGCGUGUACUGCAAGCUUGGAGAGUUCGACAGCGAUCCUCUUAGCAAGAACUACCGCUACUGCGUCGUCAAGACCCCCACAGGAAGCGACGUCUACCCGCCCCUCUGCUUCUUCGACUGCAUCCUCUCUGACUCCCCCGGCUUGAUCCAGUCCUACACCCCCACCAACGUCUCCUCGACCUCUCUCACGGGCCUUCGCUUCCGCCUGGACGGUCAGUUCAUGUGCCUUCCCCUCGCCAUCAGCGCGGGCUGCCAUCACACGUGCGUGCUCUACGGCUCCGCCGGCUGCACCAACUGCAACUCCGGCUUUCUGCGCUGCUACGGGUCAAACUCGCACAACCAGAGCC